UUUACAUUUUUAUUUAUUUAUUUCCCAUUUAAAUACGUAAAUACAGUUUUGCUAUGUUUAAAUAAUAAUUAAUUUACUCGUGUUCAAGUAUGCAUCCAUCAGAGAAAGAAGUGCGAUUUGCGUGGAAACUUGUGGCUCAGUUUGUUAGUUGGGAUUUCUGUCGAUAUGUUUGUCAACAAAGCAAUAACGAUGAACCUGAAACUGAUGUCUUGACUUUUCUACGAAAUAUGUUUGUGGAGCGCACCGAAAAACUUAUCUCGGAGGUGACAAAACAUGAGAUUAUUGCCAAGUUCAUCUUAGAAGUCAAGGCCAUCCGUAGUCUUUCCAGAUUGCCGUGUGUUGUGGCCCUCUCAAAGACUGUGCAGAUCAUUUGCCCUGAGCUCAGAGAGGAUGUUGUGAAACUGCUGAGGCAUCUUGAGAGCCUGUUGAACAUUUUAGAUUCCAGUCAAGAAUGCCUUAAUUCCGAAUUGAUUGAGCUACGAAUGGUGGAUGCAGUGUCUGUCUUCACGAAGGAAGCCAAUAAACUUUUACCUCCGCCAGAUCUGCUGCAGAUUAUUCAACCAUGGGCAAACAAAACGAAGCCUAAAAGAAUGUACAACAAACCCCUGUUUGAAAAGGUUCUAAUGUGCCUACAAAAAGAAACAAUCACUGCACUGGAAGCAAGGCUGAUUACUGUUGCUGCUUGUGAAGAUUCGGUACUCCAAAAAAUAGUACUUCAAGCAGAAUCUGAAACUGAGCUAGAAACAGAUUCUGAGACUUUUUCCUUUGUAUCCUCUCAAGCAACCUCACAGGAGCCUCUAGGAUCCAACUAUGUCUCACCAAAGAAGCCACCACGCAAGACUCUUUCUAAUCAAACUUCUUUUUCUGUUGUCGACUCAGAGCUGGAUGUGUCGGUAGCACCAGAGUCCUCACCCUCUCAAGAUCUUGGUCACAAGAUGCAUACAUCACCAUUUAAAAUCAGCUGUAAUAACUCUCUUCACUUCACUCAGGAUUCAGAAGAGUACUGUGUACGCCCAGCUCCGGUGAGUAAAUACCUCGAGACAGAUGUGGAAGAACCUCAGAUACAGAUUGCUCAAUCCUCAGAUAUGGACAAUGACGAUUCUGAUGACUUAAUUCCUGCUCGUACCUGGAAGGCGCAUGAGAUCCAUACUGUCGUACCUUUUGAGCAGGAAACCAGCGACUGUGAUGACAGUAAUUUUGUUUUCCUGACACCUACCAUCUAUAAAGAGAAUUAUGUUCCGCCUCAAGCAUGUCAAAAUAAGAAACUUGUUUGGUCUGCGAGCCAGCAAUCAGACUCUUCUUUUUCUGUAGCAAGUCUAUCAGUGGACAAUAAGAAAGAAGACCCCACUUGGAGAACCAGUCAAAAGAUCUCCAUUUCGAAAAAAGGACCAAUCACACGAAACUUUAAAAAAAAAAGCACCAAGACAGUAAAGAACACACCUAAAACACCUCAGUGUCCAAGAACCAUUUGGUCUGAGAGCCAGCAAUCGGACGUUCCUUCUGAUAGCUCAAGUGUUUCUGUAGAGAAUGAGGAGGAGGAUCCUGCUUUUAUUCACUGGAAUAAAAGAACUCGAAGUGCAGAAAAGAAAAGUAAAAUGGCAAAACCGAAAAAACUGCAAAAGAAAAAAGUUACCUCUAUUACUUGUGAUACAAAGAAGAAAAAAAUCUUAUUUCAUGGUAUUAAUAAUUACUUUGACCCAGUAGGAGCUGCGAAAUCUUCAAAAUCUUUGAGGGUCCAGCAUUCCGAGGAGAUGGAUAUAAUUCCUGAAAUGGCAGAGGAAGUGGAGGUGAGGACGCAUGCAUCUCCACCAAGAAAAAUCUGUGUGCCUGAGAUUGUUCAUAAAAGGAAAAUUGUAUCCCCUUCAGUAAAAAUGAAAAAAUGCAGGUAUUGCAGUAGAACAUACAAGACACAGCUCAAUCUCAAAAGGCACAUGUUCCUCAAACAUCCCCUAGGAGAUGAUGAUGAUGAUUGACCAAAGUCUGAAACCUUUUUUAAAAAAAACUCUCAUUUCUUGUAAAUAUCAAAUCUGUACAGUAAAACCAGAUCAAAAUAAUUUUUUAUACCAUAAAAACUUUUGUAUAAUCCAUGAAUUUCUUUUAACUGACUUCAUUAUGGCAUAUUUUUAUACUGUAAAUAAAUUGGCUGGUCCCAAG